ACGCAUGCGCGGUGCGCGCGCUGGGUCGAUAGGGCGCCGCGGUCAGUCCGCGCCGCGCCGGGCCACUGAGAGCCCGCGCCGCCCCGCCAUGAGGGCGCGCGCGCUACUUUUCCUCCUCGUGGUUUAUGCUACCUACAGCCAUGCUGAGAAGAGCAAAUUCUAUUACAUGGACUCCCUAUGCAAGGACCACUUCCUUCAGCGGCAGUACCGCAAGGUGGACGGCGGCGUGCUCUGGUCGCGCAACGAACGCAACCUGGACUGCACGGUGACCUUCCAGACGCACAGCAUCCUGCAGCGGUUCAUGCUGCACUUUGACCUGCUGCAACUUGACUGCAACGAUCAUCUGUACGUGUAUGAUGGCGCGCAUGCGACUGCGCCGCCUAAGGCCGACCUCUCAUGCCGCAACACCAAGCAGCAAGUCGGCGCGCUGUUCACGCGCAGCAACUUCGUGACGCUCAAGUACGUCACGGACAACUGGGGCACUGACGCCAACGGCUUCAGGCUCGUCAUCACCGCCGUCAAAGACCCCAUUCCAGAACACGGCUGCAAGGAGUUCCGCUGUAAGCAGCGCGAGUUCUGCGUGAGCGCAGACCUCAUGUGCGACGGCGUGGACCACUGCGCCGACGGCUCAGACGAGGACACCGCUGCUCUCUGCCCAGAGAGCGGCGGGACCGGCGCGAGCGGCGCGUGGGUGGCGGGGAUCGCGGGCGCAGCCGCGCUGUUGGCGGUGGUGGCCGCCGGCGUCGCGUGCUGCGCCUGCCGCCGCCGCGCCGCCAACCAGCGCACGCGGUUACAUCUACAAGAGUUGGCGAGCAGUAACGGCGGCGGGUGCGCGGGCGGCGAGGCGGGCGCGACGCGGCUGCCGGGAAACCCGGAGCCCCCUGCGGGCCCGUGCGGGGCGGCGCGGGCGGGCCGCCUGCGGCGGGCGGCCUGAGCGCCGUGCCGCACAAGGACGAGUGGUUCGUCUAGCGGCCCGGGGCCCGCAGGGGGGGGCCCGCCCGCCCCCGGCCACCACUGUUACGCUAUGUAAAUUUAUCGAUAUGACAUUAAACAUUUUUGGCUUACCGUUGGUAUGUUAUUGGGUUGUAUUCGCCGACCCGGAUCCUCUUCCUUUGUUUGUAUACACGUUGUAAUUCUGCGACUAUUCAUAGAUAUUAUAGAAUAAUUGUAAUCGUCAAAUAAAUAAGUUUUUUGGUAUGAGUUUUGAAAA